AGAAAUGCGAAGCGUCAGGGUUCCCGCCGGCUUCGAGCCUUUCUUGACGUGUUUGUAUCUUGAGCUGAUUUCUACGUGACACACCAGCCCACAUCUCGCUCAGUGCAACAACAUCACAGUAGAGCUACAAAAAGAUUGAAAGGAGAUAUUUUAUCAAGUGGCACCAAAAUGGAUUGAUUAAAAUAGAAUGGCCUGAUUUGAAAGAAUUUCAGGAUCACCGGUUUCUCCUGCUUCAUGGGCAGGCCUUCAAUAUUUGGCAUCACCUUUACAUGGAGCACAAAGAUGAUGAUGAUGAUGAUGUGUCUUUUGCCAAAUGGAUGAGCAGCUUCUGGGGCCACAGCUGGAGAGAGGAGGAUCAGAGAGGACUCCGGGAACGCCACCGACCACAAGCCACCAGUCACAGGAAGACCUCCCUGCCUUGCCCACUUCCUGUGCUUCCCAGAAUUCCAUCAUCUGACCGCCAUCCUAGAAGGCAUUCUCAUGAGGACCAGGAAUUCCGAUGCCGAUCAUCUGAUUGUCUUCCUAGAAGGCAUUCUCAUGAGGACCAAGAAUUUCGAUGCCGUAGCCACGUGCGGGAUUACGGAAAAUACUCAGAGGAUGGGUCAUUCAAGGAGCCACUGGAAUCAAAAGGCAGAUCCCAUUCCAAAACUGAGAAAUUUUCGGAGUCCUUUGAACGACAGCUGUGCUUUAGAACCAAACGUUCGGCCUCUUUGGGACCUGAAAGCAGAAAGGAGAGAAAUGAAACAGAAUGCCUGAGGGUGGAGAUAAAAUCCCGAAAGAAAGCAGAGGAAGAAAGGAGCUCUAGGAAAGAAGAACAUGGAGAAGCACACAUGGCUCCCCUGUUUGAAAAAGGGCCUGAAUAAUACUCUGCUUCCGCCUCAUGACAUCAGAUGCUAGUUUUGGUUUUUUUCUUUGAGCCCUAAUUCACCAUUUCAGGAUGUGGAUGGGGGCAGGGUUGGGGGUAAAAACAGCUAUAAAAAGCAACUGCAGAUGCUGAGUGACUGCAGUGGGCAGGGUAUGUAGCUGCUCCAAGAUGACUUGCAUCAUACCCCAAUUACUGCUGGCAUCUUAGUUGAGAGUAUAUUCUGCUUGGUUGCCUUUUUAUGGGAAUAAAGAGAAUAAAAGGUAUUUUAAUAGAAUAAAGAAAAAUUUGAAAACGUAAUACAAGGUAUUUAAAGAGCCACCCACGUAGCUUCACCAACCCUUCUUACACAUCAACUCACAAAUCAUCUUAAAUAAAAGUCAUUGGUAUGA